AAAUCAUCUUUCAGUUGUGGGUCUUACUGCAUCAGAACUCACCAUGAACAUCUUGUGGCCAGUGUUUUUGCUGACAUUCCUGUACACGCUAGAUACUGGUCAUUGCUACAUUACUUAUAUAGAAGCGAGACUGCCUUUACCGGGAGAAAGGGCGCCACCUGGAGCACCAUGGCCACUUCCUCGGUUUUGGCAGAAUUCGUCUACAGUUUUGACUUUAUACCCAAGCACAUUCUAUCUGCAAUCCAAUGCGCGAGAAUGUGACAUCAUCCAAAAUGCUCUUAAACGUUAUCGGCGGUAUAUUCUCAUAGACGAAAAGAAUGGAGUACGCGAUCUCUCACUUUCAGUUUUGGAAGGGCUUAAAGUUGAAGUUGAAGAUAAAGCUUGUGGAUACCCGAAACUUCCAGAAUCUUAUGUUGAUGAAAAAUAUUCUAUUGAUGUUCCAACAUCAGGGCCUGCUGUUAUCAAAACUAAAACGGUAUGGGGAGCAUUAAGAGCUCUCGAGACUUUCAGUCAGUUGAUAUAUCAAGACAAGAACAAAGCAUACCAAAUCAAUGUUACCAGUAUCGAAGAUUAUCCACGAUAUACAUACCGUGGUCUCCUUUUAGACACUGCUCGCCAUUAUCAACCAAUGAAGACUCUCAAACAAAAUUUGGAUGCAAUGUCAUACAACAAAUUCAAUGUAUUUCACUGGCACCUUGUUGAUGAUCAGUCAUUUCCCUUUGAGAGUAAACGUUUCCCUAAUCUGACAGUGUUUGGAGCAUACACACCUCGUCAUGUCUACACUCAGGAGGACGUGAAAGAGAUCAUUGAAUAUGCUAGGCUGCGGGGUAUAAGAGUUAUUCCUGAAUUUGAUACUCCAGGUCACACUCAAGGACUUGCUAAAGCAUUUCCUCAUCUAAUAACACCCUGCUAUGGAGAUGGAGAGAAUCCAUACACACCAAACCAUCCAGAGCAUGCUGAAGCAGAAAUGUUAAAUCCAAUCCAAGAUAACACCUAUGAGUUUGUUAAAGAACUUGUUUCAGAAAUUAAAGAUGUUUUUGUUGAUGACUAUAUUCAUUUGGGAAUGGAUGAAGUUUACUAUGCUUGUUGGGAAUCCAAUCCCAACAUUAAAAAAUUCAUGGAGGAAAACAACAUGACAACAAUAAAUGAAGUGGAGCAGUAUUACGUUAAACGCACACUUGCUAACGUGAAAGACAUUGGAUACAAAUACAUGAUCUGGCAAGAUCCUAUAGAUAAUGAUGUUCAGGCAUCACCGGACACAGUUGUGGAAGUUUGGAAGGACAAAUAUUUAGAUUCCAAAAUGGAUUACUGGGAGAAUUAUAUUGUUCCCAUUGCCCAAAAAGGUUACAAGAUAGUGUUGUCUUCAUGCUGGUAUCUAAACUACAUCAGUUAUGGACCUGACUGGAAAAAGUACUAUGAAUGUGAUCCUAGAGAAUUUAAUGGUACUGAAGAAGAAAAGGAUCUUGUGGUUGGAGGAGAAGCCUGCAUGUGGGGUGAAUAUGUUGAUGGAACUAACCUACUUUCUCGUUUGUGGCCUCGUGCGGCAGCUGUAGCUGAGCGAUUGUGGAGUGAUGCCUCUGUACGAGAUGUUGACAGUGCCAACUUCAGACUUGAUCAACAACGUUGCAGAAUGCUUAGGCGUGGAAUACCUGCUCAGCCAAUCCUGAAUGGUUUCUGUGGAGAUUAUGAGUGGGACCUGGAUGCUGACAUUUGAUAGCAGUAGUAACUUGACCAAUUGUUCAUUCAAGAAAAAUGUAAUAAAGCAUCGUUUCACCUGUUAAUCACAGAAGGGAAGACGGUGUGUUAAGUUUAAUUUUUUUUUGUCGGUUGCUUAUAAUGCUAAUUAGCUAUUCAUGAAUAAAAUGUAUUAAGUUUAAUUUUUUUUUGUCAGCUGCUUAUAAUGCUAAUUAGCUAUUCAUGAAUAAAAUGUAUUAAGUUUUAUUUUCAAUGAUUAUUAUCAGUUUUGUUACAAUGUUGCUCAUUAAUACUGUAUGGUGUAUUGGUUGAGUGUUGUUUUACUUUUUAUUAG